AUGAAAGUUUCCAUGCUCCUCCUCGCCGCAAGCGCAAUAGUCUCAAGCGCAUCGGAUGUCGGACUUGUACGUCCAUGGGAGGAUUUGGACGCCAUGGAAUAUGCCUCCGGAUCCCCAAAGUGGCACACUUACUCCAUUGAAGAGAUCAUGAAGAAAGUGGUAGACGAAGGGUUUGGCCAUCUUCCCUUGGUAGUUACUUGCACAUCUUACUUCUAUUGGGUAUCUGGCCGUGCGCCAAGGAUUACUACAGCACUCGUUUAUAAAUUUCCUUUUACUAUAAAACAUUGUCGGCUUUUUUGGUGUCACCCUGAGGGGCAGUGCGUAUUUCGUCUUGAUGGAGACGGAGGGACGCAAAACUGGAUGCAGAGGAAUUGGCGUCGUGCGGGUAGGUCAAAGGAGAUUUGUAAUGCGCCUGAAGGACAGGAAUGGAACAUUGAGAUGCCGGAUGGGUAUGUGCCGUGUGUAACCCCGUGGAACGAGGCAUAG